AUGGCCGCCUCCGGGGUUGGGUCAUACUCGAACCCCUUGAAGAAAUUCAAGCUGGUGUUUCUUGGCGAGCAGAGUGUCGGUAAAACAUCAUUGAUCACCCGCUUCAUGUACGACUCCUUCGACAACACAUAUCAAGCCACUAUCGGUAUCGACUUUUUGUCCAAGACUAUGUACCUUGAGGAUCGAACAGUCCGUCUUCAACUUUGGGAUACCGCCGGCCAGGAGCGCUUCCGUUCACUGAUUCCUUCCUACAUCCGAGACUCGAGCGUCGCGGUCGUGGUUUACGAUAUUUCGAAUGCCAAAUCCUUCCAAAACACCCGAAAAUGGAUUGAUGACGUGCGCGGGGAGCGUGGAAGCGAUGUCAUCAUUGUACUUGUCGGCAACAAGACCGAUUUGAACGACAAGCGCGAAGUCACCACAGCGCAGGGUGAAGAAGAGGCGAAGAAGAACGGAUUGAUGUUUAUUGAGACCAGUGCAAAGGUCGGGCAUAAUGUGAAGCAGCUCUUCCGGAGAAUUGCUCAGGCUUUACCAGGCAUGGAAGGCGAAGCCAAGCAGGGAGAGAGCACGAUGAUUGACGUCAAUAUCAACCCCAAGGAGACUACCAACAACGACGGCUGCGCCUGUUGA